GUCAAAGUUUCCAGCCGGCUUCCGGAGUCUCUUUCCGUCACUGCGUAUCAGAGAUGUGGAAUUGGCGGUGACAAUGAGGCAGAAGCACUACCUUGAGGCUGCGGCAUGGAAACUACAAGAUAGCUGCCCGGGCCAGGCCCGCUAUCUCCUCUGGGCCUACAGUUCGUCACACGAUGAUAAAAGCACUUUUGAAGGAACAUGUCCAUACUGUUUCCAGUUGCUGGUUCCAGAUAAGUCUAGAGUGCGCCUCAAGCCCAAGCCCAAACUGACACCCAAAAUACAGAAACUUCUUAAUCGAGAAGCAAGAAAUUAUACACUCAGUUUUAAAGAAGCAAAAAUUCUGGAAAAGUACAAAGAAUCCAAAAGUGUAUUGCUGAUUACUUGUAAAACAUGCAACAGAACAGUCAAGCAUCACGGUAAAAGUAGAAGCUCUCUAUCAGCAUUCAAGAGCAAUCCUUCCACUCCUGCAAGUAAACUCAGCCUGAAGACCCCAGAGAGAAAGACUCUAAGCUCUGCAAAUCUAAAUUCUGUUAUGUCUGGUUCCAAAGGCAAGAGCCCAGCAUUGAAUUUCAGAACACCUACAUCUGGACAGUCAACACCUAUUAGUUCCUCAAAGAAUGUGAACAAAACAAAGAAACGCUUCUCUCAACUAAAAAUGUUGCUUAGUCAGAGUGAAUCCGAAAAGAAUCCAAAGGUGGACUUCAGAAGUUUCUUAUCUUCUUUGUAAAGGAUGGACUAUGAAAAAAAAAAAAAAAGUUCAAUACAGUUUCUGAAACUAACUCAGAAAAACAGCUUUUUAAAAAACUUCUAUUUAUUCUUAAAAUACACAGAAUCUAGGGUCCAAGAGCAAAAUUUUCUUGGCAUUCUUCAGUGUUUAUGGACAAAAUACUUCAUUAGAAUGAAAAACUGAAACCUGGCUGCCUUGUAGGGUGAUUGUGAGGAUCAAAAAUAUAAAAAUGGUCCUUGUAUGUAGUAAAGAUAUAUAUGGACAUUGA